AUGGCAGAUCAGUUCAACAUCGGUCACGGUACGAGCUCCGUUGCGCGUCAAUCUGACAGUGCAAGGCUACCCAUGAGUCUGGCGCAAACUCAACAGUCGUCAACAGCAUUCAGCAACUUGGCACACCUAAGCGCACCUGCGGCAGCUCACACAGCCAUCGCAGCAGAGCCGAUGACGCCAAUCUCGUACCUUUGGCCCAGCACGCCGACAGGUGGUUGGUACCAGCUCCGUCCGUCCUCCCCGAUCUACAUUGUUGAUAAGAUCAUUUAUGACCACUCUAUGGAAGCUGAAGUCGCAGCACAAACUUGCAGUCCCAACUGGCUGAUCCACCACACGUUUCCUGCCAAUGUGGACAUCUUCAGGCCUGCGCAUCAGCCAGCGACGGAGAUUUAUGUGGCGAUCAUUCGACGUGCGACUGUUAGACCUGAUCAUCGUUGGCUUGUCGCUACGGCAUAA